UUAUCACUGCACUUGUUAAUAAUAUUGAGAAAAGGUUUCCAGAUACUGAUCUUCUAUCCUCAUUUGGGGUACUCUCAAUGAGGCCCAUCACACUACUGUCAGAUGUUGAACUGAAAACCUGGGGUGAUGAAAAAAUAGACAUUCUGGUCAAUCAUUUUGGAGAGGAGAAAAGUCACAAAUGGAAGGUUGAUGGGGUGCAGCACACUAAGACCAGCUCUCCAAUCAUAGAUCCAGAUGCAACAAAAAAUGAAUGGAAACAGAUUAAGAUACUUGUUAAAGCAGAAAUGUAUCCCCGUGAUGAUCUCUUUAAACUGUGGCAUCUUAUAAAUAAGUUUCAUGGUGAACAGUUCCCUAACCUUUUGAUAUUGGCCAGUCUUUCGUGGACGAUGUUUCAAAAUUCCAAAAUGUACCAGUUGAAAGAUGUUAUUAGAGGAGCUCAAUGGCUUCAUCCUGAGGUUAGAGAUCAGGAUCAUGCACAAGUGUUGUUGAUUGUCCAUAACAAUGUUUUUUCCUCAAUCAUUGAUAAAGAUGUUUCCUCUAUCCUUCAUGAAUGGAAAAUAUAUAGAGCAGAAGAUGUCCCUGAAGCUGAGAUUCAUUAA